CGGACACUAUUGCCAUCUCCAUUAUCAGGACUGACUGCUCAGCGACAUUAUGAUCAUUGUAUAUCGGCUCCCAAUGCCGACCUUCUUGAGUUAGCGAUCGGGCUCACCCCUCCCUUCAGGAGGGUGACCAUCGCCUUCGCAUGACGACCAGCGUCUCCAUCGCCUCGUCAUUAUACUCGUUCGCUAUGCCACCACCAUUAUGUGUGACAUCCCGGGAUCCCUGCGAGUUUCUUGGAUACCGAAUGUCUUCUUCGAUGUAGGAAGAUCGGUAGGACCACAGACCAGGGACGGACUAAGAAGAGCUAGGGAAUCUCGAUGCAGAUAAACCUGUUCAUCCUUGCGAUGUCGGCGGACACCGAACGUCUCCUCGAAGUAGGGACGCCGGUGGGACCAGGGACCAAGGACGAACGAAGCACCAGGGAAUCUCGAUGCAGAUAAACCUGUUCCUCAUUGAGAUGUCGGCGGAUACCGGACGUCUCCUCGAAGUAGGAACGCCGGUAGGACCAGGGACCAAUGACGAACGAAGAGUAUGGAUUGCCUCCACCAAAAAAAAAAAAAAAAAAAAAAAGAAAAAAAAAAAUGGGGAGAAGAGGAGAGGAGCUCCUAUGUAGAAGGGAAUCUUGCCCGGGUGUGCCAGAUCUUCUCCAACCGCCGAAGACGAACGCCUCUCGGUGUAGAGGUUAGUAGAGACGCGGAGGGGGCUAGACGAACCAAGGGAGCCUGCCAAGAUAAACCUGUUUAUCCCACAAAUGACCAUGGAUCGAUGGACGUGGGGUAACAAAGUCGGGGACCCGUGAGGGUAGACCUGUUCGUCCCUGCGAGUCCUUGGGUACCGAACGUCCUCUUCGAAGCAAGAGACGUCGGUAAGGCUAAAAGGACCACGGACGAACGAAAAAAGGGGGGAAUCUCGAUGUAGAUAAACCUGUUCAUCCUUGCGAUGUCGGCGGACACCGAACGUCUCCUCGAAGUAGGGACGCCGGUGGGACCAGGGACCAAGGACGAACGAAGACUAAAAGACUCCAAAAAAAAAAAAAAAAAAAAAAAAAAAAAGAUGCCAGAAGAGCACGGAGCAAAGAAUGAUUUUAUCCCUCGGCGCUAUUGGCUGGGAAGUACAAACUGAAAAACAUAUGUAAAGAAUAAUUACAAAACUUAAGUACGAAGAAUGAAGUGGCCGACGACGAUCGGCUAACAUCAGGUUUUCUUUUGCCUUGGACGACGAAUACCAGCUCCCCAGAUCAGACGGAGGAACAUCGCCCAGAUUUAUUUCAGGCUCACCAUUCCUUCCUGGAUGGAGUCCUGGCAGACGAUCGGCUUCUCACAGCCAAUCAGGAUAGAGACUUGACACAUCACCAGCACGGCCGAGGGCCGCGAGACGAUUACCACCCACGAUUUAUCACUAUUUUUAUGCAUCACGAUCGGCCCCUCAGCGCCAUCGUGUCCAGACUCACGGUUCGGCUCGCCCAUUCCUUCCAGGAUGGCGACGACCGUCUUAUACAGCACGAUCGGCUUCUCAGCGCCAUCGUGUCUCUUUCACGUUCGGAUCGCCCCAUUCCCUCCAGGAUGGCGACGAACGACUUAUGCAGUGCGAUCGGCCCCUCGGCGCCAUCGUACCUGAUUUCACGGUUCGGCUCGCCCAUUCCUUCCAGGAUGGCGACGACCGUCUUAUACAGCACGAUCGGCUUCUCAGCGCCAUCGUGUCUCUUUCACGUUCGGAUCGCCCCAUUCCCUCCAGGAUGGCGACGAACGUCUUAUGCAGUGCGAUCGGCCCCUCGGCGCCAUCGUACUUGGCUUCACGGUUCGGCUCGCCCAUUCCCUCCAGGAUGGCGACGACCGUCUUAUGCAGCACGAUCGGCUUCUCAGCGCCAUCGUGUCUCUUUCACGUUCGGAUCGCCCAUUCCUUCCAGGAUGGCGACGACCGUCUUAUGCGGUACGAUCGGCCCCUCAGCGCCAUCGUACCGAGCUCACGUUCAGUUCGUCCAUCCCUUCCAGGGUGGCGACGAACGUCUUAUGCAUCACGAUCGGCUUCUCAGCGCCAUCGUGUCUCUUUCACGUUCGGAUCGCCCCAUUCCCUCCAGGAUGGCGACAAACGUCUUAUGCAGUGCGAUCGGCCCCUCGGCGCCAUCGUACAUGGCUUCACGGUUCGGCUCGCCCAUUCCCUCCAGGAUGGCGACGACCGUCUUAUGCAGCACGAUCGGCUUCUCAGCGCCAUCGUGUCUCUUUCACGUUCGGAUCGCCCCAUUCCCUCCAGGAUGGCGACGAACGUCUUAUGCAGUGCGAUCGGCCCCUCGGCGCCAUCGUACUUGGCUUCACGUUCGGAUCGCCCCAUUCCCUCCAGGAUGGCGACGAA